AUGGAAGAGACAAAAUCAAGAUUCAGGAGGAUCUGUGUCUUCUGCGGAAGCAGUUCCGGCAACAAAACCACUUAUCACGACGCUGCUCUCCAACUCGCCCACCAACUGAUAACCGGUGAUUCAAUUGGAGAAGUUAUUACGGUAUCGACUAUGCAUCAAAGGAAGGCUGAAAUGGGUCGCCAAGCGGAUGCCUUCAUCGCACUUCCUGGGGGAUAUGGAACAUGUGAAGAGUUGUUGGAAGUCAUCACCUGGUCUCAACUUGGGAUCCACACUAAACCGGUGGGACUACUGAAUGUGGAUGGAUUCUACGAUUCACUAUUGACGUUUAUAGAUAAGGCAGUGGAUGAAGGUUUUGUCUCCUCGACCGCCCGCCGUAUCAUCGUCUCAGCCCCGACCGCUCCUCAGUUGCUCCAACUUCUUGAGGAGUAUGUUCCAAAGCACGACGACUUUGUGUCCAAAAUGGCGUGGGACGAUAUUACGGACGCUGCCACAUCUGAACGCGACUCGUAUUAG